UCUCCCCAGUCUCUGAGAACAUGACACAACAACUGCUCUCCAGGGCUUUAGUUUCUAUAAACUGGCUAGCAGGAGCCCUCAAAAACCACCAGUCUGCACCAUCCCUAAGGGUAUUGGAUGCAUCAUUUUAUUUCCCUCCGAUCAGAGAUGGACGGAAAGAGUUUGCUGAGCAGCACAUUCCAGGUGCAUUGUAUUUUGAUAUAGAUGAAUGUAAAGACAAGGAGUCUCCUUAUGAAGUGAUGUUGCCCAGUGAGUCCAGCUUUGCAAAAUAUGUAGGCAACCUUGGCAUCAACAACAAUAGCCAUGUUGUGAUUUACGAUGCAGAUCACCUUGGUAUGUACUAUGCACCAAGGGUCUGGUGGAUGUUUAGGGUUUUCGGGCACCAUAAGGUGUCCAUCCUGAAUGGUGGGUUAAGGAAUUGGCUGAAGCAAGGGUUGCCUGUAACAUCAGAGGAGACAAAGGUGAAGCCUGAGACAUUCCAUGCAGUUCUAAACUCCUCUCUUGUGAAAAACUUUGAGGACAUUGAGAAAAACAUAAGCAGCUGUCAGUUCCAACUGGUGGAUUCUCGCUCAGAGGGGAGGUACACAGGAACUGAGCCCGAACCAGGAGAGGGUGUUGACCCAGGUCAUAUUCCCAAUUCUCUAAACCUCCCAUUCACCCGUUUCUUGACAGAAGAAGGCUAUCAAAAGUCCCCUGAUGAGAUCCUGCAUCUCUUCAAGGAUAAAGGGAUUGACCUUAACAAACCUCUGACUAUUACUUGCCGGCGUGGUGUCACUGCAUGUCAGCUGGCUCUGGCAUCCUUCAUACUAGGCAAGGAGGACACUGCCGUCUAUGAUGGCUCCUGGUUUGAAUGGUUCUAUCGGGCCAAACCAGAGAAUAAGAUCUCACAGUGGAGUAGCCAGAAAAGCUAAACAAGUUAAACUUGUUACUGUUGAUAAGGCUGUAUAGCUGCAUUAGGUAGAAUGCCUGUUUGCUUGAGUCAUAGAUGAGAUUUCAUUAAAAUUUUGUUUACCUGCUUUACAGUAUGGUUGCCUGUUCAAAAAUCAAAUUCUUAUUUCUAUGUUGAUUUAAUAACAAAAUAAAAUUUUAAAUUGUAUUAACAACAUAAA